AUGGGCGACGUACGGGUCGUGGUCCGCGUGCGCCCGCCGAACGCGAGCGAGAUCGCGCGCGGCAACAACGGCCAACGCUGCGUCAAGGUCGCGAGCCCGAGUCUCGUGCACGUGUACCCGGACGACAAGGCCAUGGAGGCCGGCGGGCCGCCCAACUCGUUCACGUUCGACAACGUCUUUGGCGAAGACUCGACGCAGCAAGAGGUCUUUGAGGCCGUCGCCAAGCCCGUCGUCGCCGACGUCCUCGAGGGCUACAACGCGACCAUCUUUGCUUAUGGCCAAACCUCGUCCGGCAAGACGUUUACGAUGGAAGGCGCGUCGAUUGACGACCCGGGCCUGCGGGGCAUCAUUCCGCGCACGGCGACCGAGCUCUUUGCACGCCUCAUGGACGCCGACGAGAACAUGGAGUUUGUCGUCAAAGUGAGCUACAUUGAGAUCUACAUGGAGCGCAUCCGCGAUCUCCUCGACCCGUACAAGACCAAGAUCAACCUCCAGGUCCGCGAAGACGCCGAGAAGGGCAUUUACGUCGACGGCGUCACGGAGCUCUGCGUCACGAGCGACGACGAGCUCCUGACGACCAUGCGCAGCGGCGCCAUGAACCGCGCGGUCGCGGCCACGGGCAUGAACGAGGGCUCGAGCCGGUCGCACUCGGUCUUCAUGGUCACCUUGUACCAGCGCAACCUCGAGACCAACUCGACCAAAGUCGGCAAGCUGUACCUCGUCGACUUGGCCGGCUCGGAGAUGGUGCGCAAGACGCAGGCGUCCGGGAAGCAGCUCGAAGAAGCCAAGACCAUCAACAAGUCGCUCUCCGCGCUCGGGAUGGUCAUCAACGCCCUCACGACGGCCAACGUGACCUUUGUGCCCUACCGCGACAGCAAGCUCACGCGCGUGCUGCAAGAGUCGCUCGGUGGUAACUCGCGGACCGCGCUCAUCAUCAACGUGUCGCCGAGCAGCUACAACGCGCCCGAGACCCUCUCGACGCUGCGCUUUGGGAACCGCGCCAAGAGCAUCAAGAACAAGGCGGUCGUCAACGCCGAGAAGAGCGCGGAAGAGUACAAGCAGCUGCUCGCCAAGGCCGAGAAGGCCAUGACGAUGCAGCAAAACUACAUCCUCGUGCUCGAAACAAAGCUCAAGCAGCAGCAGCUCAGCGCGACGACGACCGACGCCGCCGUUGCCGAAGUCGCGGCGGUCUCGGCCCUCGAGAAGCUCCAAGAGCGCGUGGUGCAGCUCGAAGAGCAGCUCGGCGAAGAGAAGCAAGAGUCGCAGCGGCGCGGCGACGAGAUUCGGUCGCUUACCAGUGUCCUAAACGCAUCCCAGCUCGAAGUGGAAGAGCUCAAGGCGCAAAAAGAGAGUUUUGAGCGCCCGCGCGACGACCACAGCUCGCGGCACCUCCUCGAAGAGCUAAGCCACCUCAAGCUCGAGCUCGACAAGCUCCAGUUUGAGAACGAAGAGAUCAAGCUCCAUGUGACGACGCUCCAGCAAGAGAACGAGCGGCUCGCGGCGGAGAACGACCAGCGCGCCAACAGUGCGAGCGAUGACGACCUCGUGGAGACCACCAACGUGACACUUGCCGCGCCGUUGCCGCCGCCGGCCCCGACGACGCCGCCCCGCGCAAGCAGCUCGAGCACGAUUCGCCUCGAGGUGGACGAGGAGAAGGAAGCCCGCGUCUUGCGGCUCGAAUCGGACCUCAAGGCCGCGCAGGAGGAGCUCAUGGCCCACCAGACGCAGGCACAGAAAGAGAUCCAACGCUUCACGGACGAGCGUCGCCUCCUCACCAACCAGAUUCAAGAGCUUGCGAACCAGCUCCAGUCGGUGCAGACGAGCCAGCAAGCGAUUACGUCGGCGACGGGCAUGUCGGCCCGGGAGCGGCAGCACAUGCGGUCGAUCCAGCAAAAGCUCGAGCAGCUCGUGGCCGUGCACCGGCAGCUCCUCCGCAAGUACGCGUCGCUCGAGUCGGAGCACAACGAGGCGCGGCAGAAGCUCGGUCUCCGCGACGACCGCAUCAAGAGCCUCGAGGCCAACACGCGCCUCAUGGCCUCCAACAUGCGCGCGCAGUCGGAGAAGCACCUCGAGGAACUCAGCGCGCUGCAUGUGCAACUCGCCGAGCUGCGUCGCAAUAUGAGCCAGGACACACUGCCCGACCUCCCGGAAGAGAAGCCGACGCCGCUUCCAGUCCGCCGCGCGGCCAGCGUCUAUGUCAACCGCCAGGGCAGCGUCGUCGGCGACGGCGUCAUUCGCCCGAUCCGCGGUGGCGGACGCCGGCAGUCGACGCUCGAGCCGUCGCCGGCCAAGUCGGACGCCGCCGGCGGCCUCGGCUUUCUCCAGCGCAUGCUCGGCCUCAAGUAG